UUUAUGUCGUCCAAUUUUUAGCUCAGACAUGACAAAUUUAUGUAUAUUUCUAUUUUCAGGGAUUUAUCAGGCAGAAAUUUCUUUGUUUGGUCUCUCUGAAAUCAUUCUACGCACCCAAAUUACGAGGCGAGCUGAUAAUUAACUCCACAUGCCUCAUGUAAGGCAUUUAUUGAUCGUGUAUCACUUAAUUUCAUCAAUACUCAAGAGAUCAAUCGUUUGAGAUUUAAAAACGUGCAGUGAUAGCAUCCCGUGACGUUACUAAAUUGCAUCAAUCAUAUCUUUCGUCCUCGGAGACAUUCUGUCAACCAAAAGUACAAAGCAUAUGAUAAUACCCCGUCGAAAUAUGGAAAAAGAGAGGGGUUCAUUAUCUUCCAUCUCAAAACAAAAAUUAACGUUCUCAUUUACUCAAUAUUUUAAUCUUCGAUCAAAAGAUAAACAAUAGAACACUCAUGAUCGCUGUCGUAGUCAGACAUAAAAUCCCUAAUGAUAUCAUCCCCCUCCUCUUCAUGGCAAAUCUGAGCAGAAAAAAUGAAAAGAAAAAUUGAGGUGGCUAGGGCUAUUAGUUGGAGUUCAUGUGUCGUCAGUCGGUGCGUGGACAGCCAGUCGAGAUGUUCAUUCUCCUCAACAAGACCGAAAUUUAAAACUAAUUUUGCAGCCAACAUUUUUCUGACACUGUUUAAAUAUUGACGAAACAAAUAAAGCCGAUAUUUUCGUAAAUGUCGGGUCUCGGGAAUCUCCGAUAAUCCAUCAGUGUUUGUACAAUCGUCAAUUGAACCAAGUGCUUCUGGUGAACAUGAGUUGUCCAUCGCCGAAUAAAUUUGAUAGGGCGGUUUUUUACCAAUUUUAUUAUGCCAUACAUACGAUGAUGACAUUGAUCAGCCCGGGGAUGAAUAUCGGAUAUUCGGCAGUGGCUUUACCAUUAUUAACAAAAAAUGAUACCUCCGAGGCAAGUGAUGCCAUUUUUUAUGGCAAUGAAAAGGCUGCUACUUGGUUUGCAUCAAUUGUGGGAAUUUCCGGCCCUUUUGGGUGCCUCCUUGGGACUUUUUGCAUGAGGACAGGGAGAAAAAUUCCGAUGGCUAUCACUGGAUUCACAUGUGCCGUUGGAUGGCUGAUAAUCUCAGUCAGUUACGGAGUGGAACAAAUUCUCAUCGGGCGAUUUAUUGCAGGGGUUGGCACGGGUCUAGUGUCAGCGCCAACGGUUGUUUACAUUGCUGAAAUAUCAACACCUCAGCAUCGGUUGGGUUUAAUGAACGGCACGAGUCUCUCUGUAGCCGCUGGAAUUUUAAUUAUUUACAUUCUUGGUUACUUCAUUCCGAAUUGGCGGAUGCAGGCCACUAUAUCGACUAUAAUUCCACUUGUCUCCGCCUCAUCGAUUCUAUUAUUCCUCCCUGAGAGUCCCAUGUGGCUCCUCCACAAUAAUCAAGAGUCAAUGGCCAAACAAUGUCUCAUGAAACUCCGAGGAUUGAAAAAAGAAACAGCUGAACUGAAUGCCGAAUUCAUACAAAUGCAAAAUGACUGUUUAAAAAAAUUCAAAGAGUGCGAAAUGGAGUCCAUCUCACUGGAAAUUACUGCUAACAAGCCAAUAGAACAUCAAAGCUCCAGCAAAAUUUGCCGCAAAAUUCACAAAAUUUGGCGGAUAAUGCGGUUGCCAGAAGUUUGGAAGCCAUUUUUAAUUCUCAAUGCUCUGUUUGUUUUUCAACAAUUCUGCGGGAUAUGUGUGAUUAUUGCUUAUUCAGUCGACUUUGUCACCAAAGUUGGCUUGUCGGCUGAUCCUUUUCUCAUUACCGCUAUUAUGGGUGUUAUACAGUUCUUGGGGUCCGUACUACUUGUAUCCACGAGUCACAGACUGGGAGUGCGCAGCAUAUCACUAGUGUCCACUGUCGGAAUGGCCAUCUCGUUGGGGGCCUUAGGAAUUUAUCUGCAGUUCAUCAACAGUGAUGAUGCGUAUGAUAAAUAUCAACAUAUUGCAGUAAUUUGUAUAUUUAUUUCUGUGGCCGCUGGUUCCUACGGGUUGAUGGCAGUACCCUGGUCUAUGGUUGGCGAACUAUACCCAAUACAAUACGUGCAUUACCUUGCACCGCUGACCACAUGCAUGGCCAGCAUUUUUAAUUUCAUAACAUUGCAUAUUUAUCCGUUAUUGUUAGUCAAUGGCAUUGUGUCAACGGUUUAUAUUUAUACUGCAAUAUCGAUAAUCGCCACGAUCUUCGUUGCUCUAGCCCUACCCGAGACUAAGGGAGUCCGGCAUCAUGACAUUGUCGCAAGAUUUCAGAAGAAAUGAAACGUCCUGUUUCCUUAUGAACAACUUAUAUUGAUUUCAAUCAUUUUUCCCAAGGCGAUCACAUGUGAAUUUUACAUGUCAAGUUGAUUGUGAUAGAUUUUUUACACUUAGCAAUAAUGGUAAUCAAAAUUCUUAGAAAAAUAAAAGCCCUAGAAAUUAAUGAAAAAUGAGAAUUGUUAUUUGUCAAUAAAACGAAUUUUUAAAA